AUGACAACAUAUUCAAGUUUGAAGCUUGGUGGGAUACUGGAGGACUCGUUCGCUAAUGAAGUUAAAUACAUCUGGGAAACGUCAUCAAAGGACUUGCUGCAAAAGUUAGAUAACUUUAAAAAGGGUUUAGAAAGAUGGGCUGGACAAAUACAAAUAAAUAGAAAGAGGAGGAAGGAGUUUUUAAUAGAAAAAUUAUCAGAGUUGCUUGGAGCUGAAAGAGAUGAUAAUUUGGCUGAGAUGAUUGAUGCCAAGAUCCAAUUAAACUUUGAGGUUGAAAAAGACGAACUCUACUUGGGACAAAGAGCUCAACUAAACUGGUUGAAAUUUGGCGAUAGGAAUACAACAUUUUUUCAUAGCCAAGCAACACAGUAUCGGAGAAAAAAAUUUAUUCAUAAAUUGCAAAAUGAGGAUGGAAGGGAAACGGAGGUCUUACAGGAAAUAGAGGGUGUUGUGAGAUCUUAUUUUCAAAAUUUAUUUUCGGCAGGGGAAAGGGGAAAUUAUGAAUAUUUUCUUUCGGGUAUAGAUCAACGUGUCUCUGAGGAGGAUAACCAAAGACUUAUGGCGCAACACACAAAGGAGGAGAUUCGAGAGGCAAUGUUCGAGAUAGGGCCGAAAAAGCACCAGAGGAAGAUGAAUUCCCACAUUUAUUUUCUCAGAAAUGCUGGCAUAUUAUUAGAGAAGAUAUCACCUCUUCUUGUCUACAAUUUCUGA